GGCCAGCGUCGGGGCUGCCUAAUUACUACGCCGUGCGCGCCGCAGCGACGUACGGGUCGCCUGGACUCCGCCUGCCUCAGCCGGUGUCGGGGGCUGCCUGAUUAUCACGCCGUCCGCGCGCCACAGCGCCAGCAUCGGGCCUGCCUAAGGACUGCCCAAACCACGCCGCCAGCGCGCGGUAUCAACCAACCAUGGCCCUCCAGCCUUUCAUGGACGCUCCAGCCGACGAGGCCCCGCCCUACAAGCUCGUCGACAUCCUGCCCAUGGCCUACCCCAAGGGCCAGGCGCCGGUCUGCGAGAUGACCGGGUUGCCUGCCAAAAUAAAGUGUGAAACGGAGCACAUUACAUUAUUCUACAAUAACCGGGAGACGGCCGAAGAAAGCUGGCACGGCAUCAUGGGCAAGAUCGCGCCGUUGCUAGGACCUCUGAGAAGCCCGCCGAACGUCAUCGGGAGCGAGGAGGAUCGCAGGAAACGCGAGUACACGCUGGACCUCUCGAAGAAAGCCCUCGUGGACCUCUGCGGCCAGGAGGCGGACAAGUUCUUGGUUGCCGGGCGGUUCGAGCUCGCGCUACCGGGCGCGCAACAGGAGAUGAAGUUUCUUACGGAGUUGUACGGGGACGGUGCCGUGGAAUUGGUUGCGGCCUAUCUGAGGAUGGCCGAGGCGAACGUGGGCCUGGCGCGCUACCAGCAGGCCGAACAAUUUUUGUCUAUGGCCAACUGGAGCAUUCUCAAGAACCCCGACGCCUCGAAUGCGCUGCGGUCGAAGCUCCAUAGGAACUUCGGGAAGGUGUACGCCGCGCGCGGGAAGUUGGAUGAAGCCUUGGAUGAGCUCGCGAAAGAUAUCUAUUGUAGCUCGUUGGCUUCGGGACCGGAGCACGUCGAUGCGUCCCCGGGCUAUUUCCACGCGGCGUCCGUGUUCUACGCGCAGCAUCGCAUCGAGCACGCUUUGGCUUUUUACGAUAAGGUGGUGGAUGCGUGGUACAAGUUUUUGGUCCAGUGUCGAAGUGACCCGGACGUCGGUCGGGAUGUGGGCGAAGCGGCGCGCCGGGAGGCCGUGGACAUGCUGCGACGCGUGUUGGCGACGCGCGCCAAGUUGCUGGGAGAUGCUCAUGUAGCCACGGGAGAAGCGAAGUACGCGCUAGGGCUGCUCCAUCUCUUCAACGGCACGGAUCUCAACGAAGCUCGCGAAUUAGUGAAAGACGCGGCCCAGACCUACAGUAAACAUCUGGGCCCUGAUCAUGAGAAAACAAAAGAUGUGGUAGAUGUUCUACAACGUAUCCCGGCGGAGACGCCCAUGGAGAGCGCGCCCGACACCGCGGCCGCCGUCGCGCCGUCGACGGCGGGCCACAGUCUACCCUCGACGGCCGGCAACCUGGGCCGGACUCCCGACGACUUCGCCUCCGCUUUCCCCUUCCCGGCGGACAUGAAGCGCGCCGCGACGCAGUCGCCGAUCCCGCUCCCGCCGACGGGCGGGCGCCAGCGGUCCUCGGGCUUCGACCCCAUGACGCCUUCUUCGGCCGGGCUUGCUGCGUCUUAAGGUGCCCUAUUUUGACUUUGUA